GCUUCAAUACACAUUUUGGCCUGCACUAAAGAGCAUACCAAGUUUUGCUCAAUACUUCAACAGGCGUUUUGGCCUGCAAAAAAGAGCAUUCUAGUCUGCACACCACAGGACGCUUGGAGGGCAGAAAGAAUGAGGCUAGAGGGAAAAAUAGCCGUGAUCACUGGUGGCGCUAGUGGGAUUGGAGAGGCAGCCGUGAGACUCUUUGUCCAAAAUGGCGCAAUGGUUAUAAUAGCCGACGUGCAAGACGUGGUAGGUGCACAGGUGGCAGCUUCUCUGACACCAAAUGCCACCUUCAUCCAUUGUGACGUGUCCAAAGAGCCUGACGUCUCCUCCAUGGUGGACUACACUAUGGAGAAGUACGGACGACUGGAUAUAAUGUUCAGCAAUGCCGGUGUCCUAGGGAAGCUAUUCACUUCUCUAAUGGACAUGACACUUGAGAACCUGGACCGCGUGCUGGCCGUUAAUGUGCAUGGAUCCUACCUUUGCACGAAGCAUGCGGCUCGGGUCAUGAUCCCCAACCGCCACGGGUGUAUUCUUUACACGGCCAGCCUCUCCACGGUCAUAGCCAUGCCUAGAGGCCUGUCCUACACAGCAUCUAAACAUGCGACUGUGGGGAUCAUGAAAUCGGCAGCCGCAGCCCUGGCCCCCUAUGGGAUCAGGGCCAAUUGUGUGUCACCCACGGGUCUGCCCACACCCUUGGUGGUAGGCGCACUCGGGCUUGAAAUCCCUGGGUUUGAUAAGAAAGCCGCUGAGGAUAUGUAUGAGGCUGCUUUUGAAUUCAAAGGUGUCAAGUUCGAGCCCGAGGAUGUUGCCAAGGCUGCUCUUUUUCUCUGUAGUGAAGACGCCCGCUAUAUCAGCGGCCACAACUUGGUGAUUGAUGGAGCUUUUUCAGCUUCUAAGGAAUUCUCCACUGCUAACUUUAACUUCCAACAUCUUGCUCCCCAAAAGAACGUUGAUAUGACUGGUAGUACUGUGAAAGGUGAGUAGUUACGUGGAUUUUAUUCCCCUUUUCUCUAAGCUUUCUGACGAUGAUGGAGGACAAUAUCUUUCUGGGGACAAUAUCAUGGGCAAUCUUUCUGGGUGUCGCUUAAAUAAGAGGGAGAAUUCCACGUCAAUUUGUAUAUAUUGACAUCUUUGUUAAAAAUGGUAGUAUUUAUAAAGUUUAUUUUGGGUUAAGCAUUCGAUGGGGUUAAUUUCUACACAAAACAGUAUUAAGUACAGUUUUU